AUGGAAGAUAUUAACACAACCACUCCACAGAACUAUAAAAUCGCGCCUGAAAAAAUUUUACCAACACAACAAUGUUUUGUCGUGGAAUAUCCUGGCAAUGUUAAAAAUAUAGAUAAAGCGUUGCAAACUCUCGGAGGGCAAAAAGGACUAAAAAAGCUUCGUUUCAGACCGGAUAAUCCUUUUUGUCAUCCUAUUAAUGGAGAUAUAAUUCCAACAGCGAAUCUUUUACUUAAAGUAACACGUCGACGUAAAAAAGUUAAAAACCAUCAUAUGCGACGCGAUUCUGAUGACAAUAAUGAAGAAUCUGUCAAAGACUUCAAUUUUGAAAUUAUGGGGAUUAUCAAUUAUCAAUGUGUCCCAAAUCCAAAUGAUUCUGUUCCAAGAUAUAGAAAGGCACUAGAAAAUUUUGAUAUCGAUACAAUUAUGGAUUUCGAAUCUUUAUUAAAUGAUAAGAGAGAAGAAGAUAAUUUACCACCACCAUCUUUUUCACGUAUCGAGUGUCCUAUGGAAUAUGGGUAA